AUGGCUCACUCCUCCCCCCCCCAGACCAAAGUUGGGGUCGGAGCGAACAACCAUGCAAGACCGAUUAAACCUGCUGUUCCUAUACCAAUCACCAAACUUGUUCCUCCGAUCACGCCGCGCUUCUUGGAGGCUCUUGUGCUCCUCGUAGAGACCCUUCGGCAAGUUAGCACCGUCUCAGGGACCACACCCUUGGCCCACUUCUUGGGAUUCAGUUUGCACGAGCUCAACAACUUCGAUUCAAAUCACAAGAUGCAUAUCUUCCAGCCACGUGUGGUGUUCCUCAUAAUUUGCGGCUUGGGAGCUUUGGAAUCAGUGGAGAGCGUCGGCAACACCCCAGGUGUUUCUGCAACAGAGUUGAGGCAGACUAUCAACAAGGAAGAAAUAACGAACACGGCCCCUCCUGUCGGAAGCUUACCGCGUGGAGGGCAACUAGGCGGCACAUUGAAACGCACUCGGGAAAUCGUGCCAGGAAGCACUACAGACCUACGUCCUUCUUGCAAACAGUCGCUGGAAGAGAUCCGGGAUUCUCACUACAAGACUAUAAGCAAUUGGAUGCGUUGGGAUAGUAUGCUCUCAAGAAUUCAACGCGGUGCGAGUAAGGAGAAAGAACUUGAAUCGGUCGUAAAAAACUAUAUGAUUCCAUUGAUUUCAAGCCUGUUUCAAAAGAGAAUCAAAGAGCUUGAGGCAGACAGCAAGGGUCUACCAGCUGCUACCACUUCACAGUCAAGUUACGAGGGACGCCUUGAGCAUAUGAUAGAUAUCUUCAAAAUCUGGGCCCUUUAUCACGAGGACGCGAAUCAAACUUCAAGAAUGAAAGAAGGAUGUGAUCUGCUGAUGGAUUUCUUCGUUGACGUGCAAAAGUAUCAAAUCAUACCCAACGACCAGCUGUCUAUAUUCUUGAACGGCGGCAAAGGGAAGGAAUUGGUAUUGACUUAUGUCAUGGGUAGAUUCCCUGCCGGUCAAAACAAUCUAGUUCCGUAUCUGAACUUGAAUCUGAAACAAAGCCUGGAGAAAGGUCCUUCCACAAGAAAAAUGUCAGACCUUUUGAAGCUCUUGAACAAGGACACUUGGAAACACAUUGAGUUUGACUAUCUCAAGGCCCAGCUCUCAAAAAAAGAGCAAAUUGCUGCAUCCAUAUCACCAGAUCUAGUCCAAAUCAAGUCUAUUUUCCUGGAAAAAGCAUCCCCGCACAUGAAGCUAUCCAUGGCUGAAGUAGAGGAAUUAUUGGAGAAACUGAUGACAUGCAUAUCAAAAAUCAAGGUAUCCAGGCAAGAUUACAGAUUUUAUGAGGGUUACUAUUCUCAAUUCAAGGAUCUAUACAACAUGAUGACCUUUCUUGUGGAUACAAAUCGAGAUAAAAUUUCCGUUGAAUUCAUCAAGAAUAGCAAGAAUUUCAGAAGAAUGCAUGCAUUUGAAGAAACUGCCGGGCUGAUAUCAAGUGUGAUGCACUGCUUACAUAUCAGAUUGGAAGGCCUACAAAAAAAUCAAAGACACAAACCUGAGAUUGAUGUCUUGGCUGAUAUGAAUGAAAAUUGGAAAUCUGUAAGGUUUCAAGCAAGGGACUUUGGAAAAACAAUUGAAAACAAGUUUCCAAACUUGGAAAAGUCAAGUCAGCUGUUGGAAUUUGUAGAAGCCAAAAUGAAGCCAGUUUCUUCAGGAGAAUUGUUGGCCCCAGAAGACAAAACCAGAGUAGAAUAUUCAGUUCAGAAAUCCAAAUACCAGCUCAAAAGAUUAUGGGUUAGCUUGAGUAUGUUAAAAGAUGAAGCAAAUGAAUUUGAACAAACUUUCAGUCAGUCACUUAGGAUUUUGGCCCUCUACCCGUUUACAGUGGUCUCUGAAAUGGAGAAGAAAUGGGGAAGGAAGAUUGAAGUGCACAAGGCGCUGAAAAACAUAAGGAAUAAUAUUGAUGAAGUUGACCAACCUUCAACAAUCAGUACUUUGACUUCACUAUGA